UAUUCGCAGGACAACGUACGUCGUGGGCGGUUGAGUGUAUGGGAUAAAAGCAGAGCAGAGGAUGCUGCUCGACCAUCGCACUCCUCCAGGUUUUCGCGUCGCAUCGUCUCAUCAGCAUGAAGCUCACUACCGCUUUCGUUGUCCUGGCCUGCGCCCUGCUCGAGGUCACCGUUGCCGCGCCAGCACCCCUUCGCGGUGCGUUAUACGCCUCUUCCUCCGACGACCUUCACAAGCGCGCACCCCACGUCGCUGGUAUUUACGGUGUCGACUCCGAAGACCUUGAUGCGCGCGAACCUCAUGUUGGCGGCAUCUACGGCGUCGAUGCCGACGAGGACCUCACGGCGCGCGAGCCACACGUCGGCGGUAUUUAUGGCGUCGAUAGUGAGGAAGACCUGACGGCGCGCGAACCGCACAUCGGCGGUAUUUAUGGAGUCGAUGCUGAUGAAGACCUUACGGCGCGCGAGCCACACGUCGGUGGUAUUUAUGGUGUCGACGCUGACGAAGACCUUACGGCACGCGAACCGCACAUCGGUGGUAUCUAUGGCGUCGAUGCCGACGAAGGCCUUGAAGCUCGUGCACCCCAUGUCGGUGGUAUCUAUGGUGUUGAUGCCGAAGACAUCGAGACGCGCGGUAAUCCCUCCAACCUUCAUGCUGCUGACACAAUCUGACAUGCGUCGUUCACUUAGCACCGCACGUUGGCGGCAUUUAUGG